CUGCUGCUGUAUGCAGAACUGCACCACGCGCGCUCCAUCAUGGCCCUGUGUCGGCUGAAGCUGGAACAGUACCACUCCGACAUCAAGAAGGCUAUCCUACCCACCGAGCACCCUGAUGUCGCCGAAGCACUCAAUGGCAUACUCGAGCUGUGCGCACUGCUGACCUCCAGACAGGGUGCGGCACCCGCGGAAGUGGAGCCAGCGCUGGAAGCGGGGGAGCUGCACGCCCACGCACAGGCACAGCCCGCGGGCACGGAGCCUCCGCGCGGCUCAUCGGUGCUACCCCAGCCGACCGGGGGAUACAGGAGGAGCGCCGCGCCGCCCGCCCAGCUGCCACUCGGGGCACCGGCCGUUGCCGGCAGUGGCGCCCCACCCGCCGGUGCGCGGGGAGCCCAGCCACAGCCUCGCGACGUCCAGAUGAAAGUUUUCCGUGAGCACGAGGGCUCGACCAGCUCCGUGGAGGGCGCGCCGGUCGAAAACCCUUUGGCGGCGGCUGUGGCGGCAGCGUGUGUCGGCCCGGAGGAGCAGCCUUGAGAAGCUGCAGAUAAAAUGUAAUGGCCUGUGGCAGUCCUACUGGGCUGCAGUCACUGUACAACCAGAGAGAAGUCUUGUGACUUGUCUGUUAGAAUACUAGACUAUUGUGUAGCAUCAUUCCAGUACUCUUUUUUAAUCCUUUUUCUCAUUUUCAUUCUUUCUCUUGGUUCUUGCAGCUGGAAAGCGUGAGCAGAGGUGGGAUGUAUUGAAACUUCUUUUUGUCCUCUCAUCCACCUCUGUGAUUUAACUCUCAUCUAUUUUACUGCCAAAGUUAUCAUUAUGCCUCUUCUUGUUAACUUGUUAUUGCUCUUUCUUCCAUUUCUUCUUCUUUUCUUUUUUUCCUUCUUGCAGUUCUCUCUUCUUCUUUGUCUUCUUCUUCCCUCCUACCUCCUGCAACAUUUUGUAUAACGCAGUCACAUUAUCCGUACUUUCAAAUACUGUGCCCCAAUCUCCUUUUACUUCUGAUGUGCCAAAGACAGCCUGCUGUGAGAAUGAACACAAAAGCAAAGCAGUAUACUGUGUGUGAAAGUAAAGAUGCAAAAUUUGAGGGAAAGAAUGUGAAACAAAAUUUAAACUGACAUCGCAAAACAAAAUUAAGUAAUUGAAAUUUGAGAGGAAGCAAGAGGAAGACAAAGUGUGCAUAGAAAGUUCAUCUCUAAACUUGAGUAUUCAUUACCUUCUUGCCUAACAGACAUGGAUUCAGUGUUAUCUACACAUCCCUUGUUUCUUGCCUGCUUGCAUUCUUGAAGGAAAUCGCUUCUAUUUUUUGUAGCCCGUGAUUCUUACUCAUAAAAAUUUUUUUGUUGCUGUCACAUUUGCACUCGAGUGUUGCGGUUUCUCACAAUUGAUGCAAAGGGUCUUUUCAUAGAUUAAUAUAUGGCUUAUUAUUUUUGUAAUCUUUUGUAUAAUGUAUCUAUAGAAACUGUUCAUAUGCCAUUUGAAUUGUGAAAAUCUUUUCAGUAGCCCUGUGUGUCUACAAAUAUUUAUCCAGAGUGUAUAUAAAAUCAUAUCGCACUUAAACUUUGGAUAAUUAAUGGCUUUUUAUAUUCACUGCAUAGUAAGUAAAGCAGCCCCACACAUAGGAAAUCAGUGUUCAAAAAUGUGUUCUAUAUUAGUGUAAUUGCACUCAGAAUUAUUUUUUAAAGUACAGCUCUGCAUUAUUGUAUCGUGUCAUAUGUUCUGACUGUACAGUACUUUAUUGUGGUAGAGCAUCUGUAAGAAAAGUAAAAAUAUUGACCAGUUUGCUUUCAGCUACAUCAUUUGAGAAAACAGGAUUCCGUGGAAGAUUUUGCUUACAUUGUGGACUAUUUACCAGAAAAUAUUUUGAAGCAAUAGCUCCGUCAUCUGUACAGGGUGUUUUGUUAAUUGAGCAAUCUGUCAGUUAACACUGGAAGAAUUCAUUUUUAUAGAUGGGUAGAUUUACUUCGUGGUGCUUCAAAUAGAUUCAUCCGUAUGUAAUUUGAAGUGUAAAAGUUCUCAGAGUAAUGCCUCGGAGUAAGAAUAUUUGUUAUUCGGUUAUUGGUAGAAUGUUAAAAUGUAAAUGUAUAUGUUGCGGAGUACAGGGGUAUUCUUUGAAUGGCAAAUAAUAACAGAAUACGGGCAGAUAAGAUGCAUAAUUCGUGUGGGAUUGAGCGUGGACUGGAGAUGUGUUAAAGUUAUCCUUGUAAAUGGCUGUAAUUUUAAAUAUGCACAUGUAAAUAAGAUAUGCAUAAUUUGUGUGGGUGUGUGUGUGUGUGUGUGUGUGUGUGUGUGUGUGUGUGUGUAGCUACUGGCUGUAAAUAUCAAAGCAGAGAGUGUACAAUAUUGAAUUCCCAUUUUUAGAAUUGUCAUAUUCUGAGUGAAUGCUUGAACUGAGAGCUGCUCUACAAAAAGUAAUUACUGGGGUCUUUUGUUAGUGUUUUCUCUGCUUCGAUGUCAGUUUUGAAUUUAUGUAAUGCAAUUGGUAACGGGUAAUGCAACAAAUUUUCAAUUAGUAUGCCUAGCUCUCAACAGUUGUUAUUAAUUAUCCCUGCAUUUCAAUUUGCAUUUUAAAAUCAACAUCAAAGUCUUCUUGUGGAGUAAAAUUGUACGUAAGGACCAUUUUCUCAUAUCUAUGUAGUCCAUACUGCACAUUUGCCCAUGCUCAUAUAUUGGUUGCAAAUAAUUCCUUUUUUCACCAGUAAGACUAUUGUUCAUUAUGACCAAUAUUACUUUUAGUCGAUCAACUAUAAGGCAGACAGUGAGGAUGUUCACAGCUCAUAUUGUCAAAUGUUUAGUAUAUGUUUGAGAGCGGUUUGUAGAUGGAGUGGUUUAAAUGCAGCUACAUUUUAUUAUUCUGAUUGUAAGGAAGGUUUCUGAAGGUAAGGCGAAUAUGUUGCCUGUUAUUUGUCUAACUAAAAAUAUGACUGCUUACGUAAAUGUGCAAGCUUUCAGAGCCAGUGGCUCCUCCUCCUGGCUGAAGAGUUGAAGGGGAAGGAACGGGGAUGUAGGAAAAGGACUGUGAAGGAUUAGGAGAGUUUGCAAAAGUUGCCCACAACCCCGAGUCAUGGGAGACUUACCAGACUGAGUGAGAAUGAAAGACUGAUUGUUGGGGACUACAUCAGAAAAGCUAUGAAAAUCAGAGAGCUUAAAGGUAAAAGAUAGGAUAAUAAGCAAGUCUUAGAUUACUGACAAAAUAUCAUGCAAGAAUUGAUAAGAGUGGAAAGCUAAGUGCAUUGUAUGUGAAACAGGUAUAAGGUAGGGAAAAAUAGACAGAUCAGAAAACAAAAUAUAUAGAAAAUGAAAAGAGAUGUAGAAAUGAAUAUUUACUGAGAAGAAAUGCUGAGGCUGGAGAAAUUGCAUAUGUUGUGUACUAGCAGUUAUGUAUACAAUGUUCAGCCUUUUAUAUUUGUGUAACUACCACUAAGUUAUCAGUUAGGGUGAAUGUACUUUGACAGAGGGUGUAUACUGGCAACACACGUCUUGUUGCAGAGCGUGCUCUACAACAUACAGUUGUGACUUCAGUGCCUGUUUGUCAACAAAUGCCAUCGGGAUUCUGCCUCCAUACACAAGUUUCUCAGAACUGGACUGCUGGUAACUGGUGUUACAUGUCUGUGGUUCUCACCGCCCACAUGCCCUUAAUUUACAUUAAUUUAUUUGGCACCAGCAUUUCUUCACUCCCUUUUAGUUUUCUAUAUCUUUCAUUUUCUGACCUGUCUAUUUUUCCUCCCACGCCCUGUCACUCCCCCCCCCCCCC